AUGGCCCCGCUGGGCGAGGAGACGCCGCUGAUCGGGGAGCGCUCCUGCAGCCUUUCCUCCGCCGACACUGGCACCCUCCAGGUGUACCUGUACCACCGGGCACCCCCUUCUCACACCCCCCUUGGCACUGCCUCCCCCGGCGUCCUCACCUUCACCUGCGGCGAGUUCACGGCCGAGGAGCUCUGCGUCCGCGCCGCCAAAGCCUGCGGGGUGCUGCCCAUCUGCCACCCGCUCUUUGCCCUGGCCACCGAGGACCUCAGCUGCUGGUUCCCCCCCAAUCACGUCUUUGCCGUCGAGGAUGCUCACAGCCAGGUUGUGUUAUACAGGAUCAGGUUCUUCUUCCCCAACUGGUGCGGAAUGGGACAGUCCCAUCGCUUCCAGCUGCUGAGCGACCGCCCCAGCCCUAUCCUGGAUUACCCCACCAUCGAUUACUUCUUCGCCCAGUCCCGCAGCGACUUCGUGGGGGGGCGCGUGGCGCUGGCGCUGAGCCUGGCGGCGCAGGAGGAGUACCUGAGCCUGGCGGUGCUGGACAUGCUGCGCAUCGCCAAGGAGCUGCGCCACAGCCCUGGCUAUGUCUUUAGCCACAUCAGCUACAAGUCGUGCAUCCCUGCGGCGCUGCGGUGUCAGCUGCAGCAGCACAACUUCCUCACCCGCAAGCGGCUCCGGCGCCGCCUGGCCAAAUCCCUGCGGAGAAUGGGGAGUUGCCAGGUGGAUGGUCGUGCCCUGAAGCUCAAGUACCUGCUGGAUCUGGAGCGUCUGCAGCGCCACUGGGCUGAGGAGAGCUUCACCGUCUGCUCGCCCAGCUCCGCUGCCACCAUUGCCAUCCACGUGGCUGGCAACAGUGGUGUCUCCUGGAGCUGUGGGGGCUCCGAGAGCCACCAGCACUUCUGCGACUUCCCUGACAUCGCUGAUAUCAGCAUCAAGCAGGCGAGCCGCAAUGGUGGCGCCAUGGAGAAUCGCAUCGUCACCCUCACCAAGACUGACAACCGGGUGCUGGAGGUGGAGUUCCCCACACUGCGGGAGGCCCGCUCCUUCGUGGCCCUCAUUGAUGGCUACUACCGACUGACAACGGACGCACACCACUACUUCUGCAAGGAGGUGGCACCGCCGCGGCUGCUGGAGGACCUGGAGAACCAGUGCCAUGGGCCCAUCAGCUCCGAGUUUGCGGUGGAAAAGCUGAAGGCAGUGGGGGGGCGCCCCGGGCUGUACCUGCUGCGCCGCAGCCCCCAGGACUUUGACUGUUACCUGCUGACUGUCUGCGCUGAGACGCGCUGUGGCCAGGACUACAAGCGGUGCCUGAUCCGGCGGGACGAGGAUGGGCAGUUCUGGCUGUCGGGGUUUUCCCGGCCGUUCUGCAGCCUGCGGGAGCUGCUGGACACCUACGGGCAGCGGGGGCUGCAGGCGGAGGGGGCCCGCAUGCGCCUGGCUGCCUGCUGCCCCCCCUUGCCCAAAG